AUUGUGUGAAUUUUCAUUCAUACCAUUGGAGAUUUAGAGUUCGAUUCCUCUUAUCUCAUCCACUCCACUACCCCCAAUUUCCUUAGUUCAAAAAGAAAGAAAGAAAAAAAAAACAAAUUCUUGUCCCUCAAUAUCGAAAUAUAAUAGAAAUAUUAAGUGGCCUUUUAAGGUUUGUUUAUUUUCUUGGUUGUUGUUUUUUUCAUUUUUUGCUUCUUUUGUUUUUUAUUCGACUACCUUCCUUGAAACGUUGUCGUUUAAUCCUAGGACCCUAUUUCCUCUCAUCUCUUGUUCUCAUGUCUUGCAGUCCUCGAAACCGCAGUACGCACCUCGCAGCCUCUCUGCUUUUCCUGAGCUCCCUUACCCUGUUCAGUUGACUGUUUGGUGCAAGGUGAAGGCUGCAACAGUGAACAGAUGAUGGCUCCAGAUAGUGGCAAGAGAAGGCAGAGACCAAAUAAACUUGUGACGGGCACUCCUGGAACUGGCAAAACAACUACGUCAACUGCCCUGGCAGAGGCCACUCAGCUCCGCCACCUGAAUAUUGGUGAUUUGGUUAAGGAGAAGAACUUGCAUGACGGCUGGGACAAUGAUCUCCAAUGCCACAUCAUCAAUGAGGACCUGGUAUGUGAUGAAAUUGAGGAUGUGAUGGAAGAAGGGGGGAACAUUGUGGACUAUCAUGGCUGCGAUUUCUUCCCAGAGAGAUGGUUCGACCUCGUGGUGGUUCUUCAGACUGACAACUCAGUAUUAUAUGAUCGCUUGACUAAGAGGUAAUGUACCCUCUAGAUGUAUGUGAACUUGACUUCAUUUGCUUACCUUGUCUCACGGGGUGGUUUCAUUUUAGAGGGUACGAAGGAAGCAAACUUUCCAAUAACAUAGAAUCUGAAAUAUUCCAAGUUUUGCUUGAGGAGGCUAAAGAAAGUUAUCCGGAAAAUAUUGUUAUGGCUAUGAAGAGUGACAAUGUUGAUGAUAUCAGUAGAAACGUUUCAACUUUGACGGAUUGGGUCAGGAAUUGGCAUCCCCCAUCCUGAUUCCAUGUCCUGUUCUUCCUAGUUGUUAUUGCUUUAUAUUAGAUGAUACCAGUAAAAGCUUGAUUUCUUAUGUGUGCACUUCUCUGUAAGUAUACCUUCAGCAAUUUCUUUUCUACCUUCGGUACUAAUGUACUACUGUGAAAUCGGUCAGGCUUUCAAAUUUUCAUUAUCUAGUCUUGUGUGGAGAUGUCCGGAGCUUAUAGUAAUUUUCUAUGGUGAAAUCAGUUAGUUUGUUUAAUUUCAUUUUCUAGUGUUGGAAUGAUCUUUUUGCUGCAAAAGCCCAAGUUGAAUCCAAAAACAGUUUUCUGAAUGAACUUAUGGAUUCUUGAAUUUAAUGGAGAACUUCUUGAAGCUAUAAUGUCUUCUUAUCAAAGAUUUAAGUUCUUUCUUUCUAUGACAAACACAAAAAAUUGAUAAUUUCAUGUGUUCGAGCAGAAUUUGUCCAUGUCAAGCUUGAUCAAAUGUCCGAGCUCUCUAGGUCAAGUCGUAACUGUGUCUUCAGGUCACUUGCAAAACCCAAGGAUGGUUUUUCGUGUCAACUCUAGAGAAAGAAGCUGUAAUAGAAAAUGUUUAAGAGU